AUGUCAGGAGAAGGGAAUAAGCGGCAACGUUUAUCGGGUGCACAAUAUAAAAAAAAACGAUUUGAACGAGAAGUAGAUUCUGCUAGGCAACGUAGUAGUCUUCUUCAAUUUUUAAAACCAAAUCAAAAUGAAUUUCAACAAAUCGAACAUAAUUCUUCUGAUCCAUCAAAAUGGCCUGAUCCAUUGAAUGGUGGACAUAGGUUAAUAUUAGUAAGAAAUAACCCAGUUCAGAUUAUUUUAACUUCGUAUCCUAUAAAUGAUGACGGUAGAUCAUUUUCUAGAAAAUACUUUUAUCGGAGACUAUCUAAUGGUGAAAACUUACAGCGUACUUGGCUUAUAUAUUCAAAAACUAUUGAUUCAGUAUUUUGUUUCUGCUGUAAAUUGUUUAAACCUGGUACAUUUUCUCUCGCUUCAUGUGGUAACCGAGAUUGGAAAGAUAUAGGAGAUAUUCUCAAAAAUCAUGAAAAUUCGCCUAAUCAUAAAAAUGCAUUACUAAGGUGGAAAGAAUUAGAAACAAGGGUGAAAAUGGGAAAAACUAUAGAUGAUGUUAACCAGGUGAUUAUUAGAGCGGAAACUGAACACUGGAAAUCUGUUAUUAAUCGUAUAAUAUCACUUAUUAAAAUUAUGGCUGGAGAAAAUUUACCUUUAAGAGGCGAUUCUGAUAAACUCAAUACACCUCAUAAUGAUAAUUUUUUAAAAAUAAUUGAGUUUUUGGGACUAUAUGAUCCUAUUAUGAAAGAGCACAUAAGAAGGAUAACUUCUGAAGAAAUCCACUCCCAUUAUCUCGACUGUACUCCUGACAUAAGCCACAAAGAACAAAUUACUAUGAUAUUUAGAUUUGUUACAACUACAGAAGGUAUUAAUAAGAAUGAAAAACAUACAAAUGUUUCCGUGAAUGAACAUUUCAUAGAUUUUAUCGAAUUACAUUCCACAACUGGGUUAGCCAUGACAAAUGUCCUAAUUCAAAAACUGAAAGACUUAGAAAUACCUAUCGAUGACAUGAGAGGCCAAGGGUACGACAAUGGUUCAAAUAUGCGUGGUCAAAAUAGUGGCGUUCAAGCAAGAGUAAGAGAAAUUAAUUCAAGAGCAUUUUACGUUCCAUGUAAUGCCCAUUGCUUAAAUUUAGUUUUGAACGACGCUGCCAAUUGUUGUUUAGAUGCUGUUAAAUUUUUUAGUUUAAUUCAAGAAAUUUAUGUAUUUUUUUCGGGAUCAACUUAUCGUUGGGACGUCUUUAAAAAACAUGUUAGUAGUCUUACCCUAAAACCAUUGAGUGCAACACGCUGGGAGAGCAGAGUUGAUGCUGUUAAAGCAAUUAGAUUUCAAGUAGGUGAAGUGAAUGAUUCGUUAAUAGAAAUUGUAGAAGAUGUAACACUUGUGAAUGCAACUGGAGUAAAAUGUCGUGCAGAAGCACAAAGUAUUGCUGAUAAAUUAGUUGAUUAUAAAUUGUUGUGUUGUCUUGUUAUUUGGUAUGAUGUAUUGUUCGAAAUUAACCAUACAAGUAAACUACUUCAAUCAGUGUCAUUGAAUAUUUCAGAAACUAUUGCACAAUUAAAUAAUACAAUAAUAUUUUUGAAAGAAUAUCGUACAGAUGAAGGAUUUCAAAAGACGUUAGAAAAAGCUAAAACACUAGCAAAUGAACUUCAAAUUGAGGAUAACUUUCCUGUCCCAACUCGAACUCGACACACUGCUAUCCAAUCAAUCAGUGAGAGAUUUUCACAACUUACUGAACACAGCAAUUUAUUUUCAUUUCUAUAUAAUAUAACUGAUAUUUCUGAUUUUGAUGAACUUAUGAAAAAUUGUAAAGAUUUACAAAUAGCACUAACUUCAAGUGAUGGGUUAAUUUCGGAUAAAAUUGCUGUUGAAAUGUAUAGUGAAAUUAUAUCUUUGCAAAAACGUUUUACUUCCGAAACAUGUAAUCCGAAAUCAGUUCUUGAGUACAUUUGUAGAAACAAGUUGAUAGAACUAUACCCUAAUACUUAUGUGAGACUAAGGAUUCUAUUGACUAUACCUGUAACUGCUGCAACAGCCGAGAGGAGUUUCUUAAAACUUAAAAUAUUAAAAAAUUAUUUGCGAUCAAAUAUAUCUCAAGACCGAUUAGUAGGAUUAGCUACUCUUUCUAUUGAAAAGGAAAUUGCUAAAGAAUUAGAUAUGGAUGAACUUAUACAAAUCUUUACGCUUUACUAA